CUGUUUUCUUAUUACACCCUAAAAAUUAGCAUUUUAGCACCACCGUUGUUUUUCAACAUCUUCUUCGUCAACCAUCUUUCGUCGCCACCACCACAACCACCAAUCACCGUCGACCAUUGAUGGCCAUGACCACCAAUGGCUCCUCUUCAAAAUUGAUCCGAUCAUUUGUCCACCGUGUGAAGUCAUCCCCUGCCACCACCCUCACCACACCAAGAUUCCGUUCUGCACAAAGAACAACCAUCAACACAACGGCAACAACAAUCUUCCCAACUCCGCCACCAACACCACCGACGUCCACCGUCGUCCCCGACCAUUCUCGUGACGCCAUAUUCGAUUUCGAGGAUACGAAAGGUUUGUUCUCAUCCGUUACAACCGGGAAACUUCUCCGGUCGGCGGCGAACCUGAACCUGGCGGCGGUGGAGCCGGUGGUGGAUAUGGGUGUUUGGGUUAUGAAGUCUAGGCUCAUGCAAGUGGGUUUGUUUAGAGAGAUUGUUUUGGGUGUCAUUAAACAUACGUCGUAUGAACAUUUUGUUGCCGGAGCGGAUACGGAAGAAACGGGUCGGACUGUCAAGAAGCUUUGGGAAUCCGGGUUGAGGGGGAUGUUGGAUUAUGGUUUAGAACAUGCGAUUGAUAAUGAAUCGUGUGAUAUAAACACUCAAGAAUUCAUCAAAACUGUUGAAUCAACACAAUCUUUACCUCCUUCUUCUGUUAGCUUCGUGGUUGUGAAGAUCACUGCGAUUUGUCCAAUUUCUUUACUUAAAAGGGUGAGUGAUCUUCUUCGAUGGGAAUACAAGAAUUCUUCAUCGACGAAUCUGCCAUGGAAGCUUAAAACCCUUCCGAUCUUUUCCGAAUCAAGCCCAUUUUACCAUACUUUAGAAAAACCAUCACCAUUAACACCCGAAGAAGAACACGAUCUCGAAUUAGCCCAUCAAAGACUCGUAAAAAUCUGCAACAAAAGCAUCGAAUCCAAAGUUCCAGUAGUAAUCGAUGCUGAAGACACUUCAAUCCAACCAGGAAUCGAUUACUUUACAUACUCAGCCGCUGUCAUGUACAACAAUGGCGAAAAGCCCUUAAUCUUCGGCACAAUCCAAGCUUACCUGAAAGACGCCGGCGAACGGCUGUACGCCACCAAGAAAGCCGCCGAUCAGAUGGGAUUACCAGUCGGAUUCAAGUUAGUUAGAGGCGCUUACAUGUCGAGUGAAGCCCAAUUGGCUAAUUCUUUAAACGUUGAAUCUCCGAUUCAUAAUAGCAUCAUCGAUACACACAAUUGUUACAACGAUUGUGCUUCGUUUAUGCUUGAUGAAGUCUCAAAUGGACCCGGUGGACUCAUUCUCGCUACCCAUAAUCUUGAAUCAGGAUUGUUGUACUUGUAUUGGUUCUUGAAAACCGAUGGAAAAUUAGCUGCACAAAAGGCGAGAAAUUUGGGAAUUGGGAAAGAUAGUGAGAAGCUUGAGUUUGCUUCACUUUAUGGAAUGGCAGAAGCGAUGACAUUUGGGUUGCGAAACGCUGGAUUUGGUGUAAGCAAGUAUUUACCAUUUGGGCCAGUUGAUCAAAUCAUGCCUUAUCUUCUUCGAAGAGCAGAAGAGAAUAAAGGGUUGUUGUCUUCUUCGAAUCUUGAUAGACAAUUGAUGAUGAAGGAGUUGAAGAGGAGGAUGAAGGGUUAUGUUGGACAAGGGUUUGAAGAUAGUGAGAGGAGUUUUAAAUCUGAUGCGGGAUCGAUUGUGAAGUUAAAUUAGAGGGGAAAAUGAAGGGGAAAAAGUGUAAAUAGUGAAGAUAUUUGGGGAAAGAAGGCCUCUUGCUUUGUUUAGGAUAAAUAUGUGUUGUGUUGGGAUUUUGGUUAUGGAUACCAAAGUAGUGGAAGAGGUGCUUUUUGUGUUUAUGGAAGUUAAUAAAUGGAGACUUUGGAAUAAGAUUAUUAUUCUCCUUGUUUAAAAGG